GCGGCCCACGUGGACGCCAAGGACGUGGAGCCCAUGGCGGAUGGCAGGGAGCCGCAGCGGGGCGAGGAGGAGGCCGGCGGGGGCCCGGCGAGUGUCAACCGCCAGCCAGAGCUGGAAGGGAAGUCAGGACCCUACUUUUACUCUCUGGAGUCCAGCAUUGACAUCUUGAAGAAGAGAGCCCAGGAGCUGAUUGAGAACAUCAAUGAGAGCAGGCAGAAGGACCACGCACUCAUGACCAACUUCAGGGACAGCCUCAAGAUCAAGGUCUCAGAUCUGACAGAGAAGUUAGAGGAGAGGAUGUACCAGGUUUACAACCACCACAGCAAGAUCAUUCAAGAGCGGCUCCAAGAGUUCACCCAGAAAAUUGCAACCAUCAGCCACCUGGAGACAGAGCUCAGACAAGUCUGCCAUACCGUGGAGUCCGUGUACAAAGACCUGUGCGUCCAACCUGAGGUAGGCGCCACGCUGUGGCAGGGCUGGGUUGGGGGUUCCUCUGAGGGAGGGGACUGGUGUUGGUUCAAAUGA